UAAACCGUAAAUAAUGCCAUUGGUAAAUGCAAAUCUUAUUUACCCCGCCAAAUGCGUGUGGUAAGCCAAGGACUAAGGAGACUUUAAUGUUUUUAACAAGUUCUUAUUUUGUUUGAUGUGCGUACCGAAAAUACGUCUAAUACAAUGCCACGGGAAAUAAUAACUUUACAGAUUGGACAAUGUGGGAAUCAAAUUGGUAUGGAAUUCUGGAAACAACUCUGUGCUGAACAUGGCAUCAGUUCAGAUGGUAUACUUGAAGAUUUUGCAACUGAUGGAACAGACAGGAAAGAUGUCUUUUUCUACCAAGCUGAUGAUGAGCAUUACAUUCCCAGAGCUGUUUUGCUUGAUCUUGAACCAAGGGUUAUUGAUACCAUUAUGUCAUCUCCUUAUGCCAACCUUUAUAAUCCUGAGAAUAUCUUUACAUCAAAACAUGGGGGAGGAGCUGGAAAUAACUGGGCCAGUGGUUAUUCACAAGCGGAACGAUUGCAUGAAGAGAUAUUUGACAUUAUUGACCGUGAAGCUGAUGGCAGUGAUAGUCUUGAGGGUUUUGUUAUAUGUCACUCGAUUGCAGGUGGUACUGGAUCUGGCAUGGGUUCAUACAUGUUGGAGAAAUUGAAUGAUAGGUUUCCCAAGAAACUUAUUCAAACGUACUCCGUUUUUCCACAGCAGGAAGACAUCAGCGAUGUUGUCGUUCAACCCUAUAAUUCUGUCUUAACAUUGAAAAGACUCACCCAAAACGCAGAUUGUGUUGUCGUUUUAGACAAUACCGCUCUCAAUCGUAUUGCUUCGGAUAGGUUACAUAUUCCUAAUCCUACAUUUUCUCAAGUAAACCAACUGGUGUCAACCAUUAUGUCUACAAGUACAACUACACUGAGAUAUCCAGGAUAUAUGAACAACGAUUUGAUUGGUUUGAUUGCAUCUCUCAUUCCCACUCCUCGUCUACACUUUUUGAUGACUGGCUAUACUCCACUAACCACUGAUCAAAAGGUAUCUAGUGUUCGUAAAACAACUGUUUUGGAUGUGAUGAGGAGAUUACUUCAGCCAAAAAAUGUUAUGGUCUCAACAUUGCGCGAUAAGAAAUUUCAGCAUUGCUAUAUUUCUAUAUUGAACAUUAUUCAAGGCGAGGUUGAUCCAACGCAGGUUCAUAAAAGUCUUCAAAGAAUCCGCGAACGCAAGUUGGCCGAGUUUAUCCCGUGGGGUCCAGCCAGUAUCCAAGUGGCUCUCUCUCGUAAAUCUCCUUAUGUCCAGACGGCUCAUAGAGUCAGCGGUCUAAUGAUGGCGAAUCACACUAGUAUUUCAACAGUUUUUGAAAAAAGUUGCCGUCUUUAUGAUAAACUAAGAAAACGCGAGGCCUUUCUCGAGAAUUAUCGUAAAGAACCUAUUUUCGAGGAAAAUCUUGACGAAUUGGAUAAUUCUAGGGAAGUUGUACAACAAUUGAUUGACGAGUAUCAAGCGGCUACAAAACCUGAUUACAUUUCAUGGGGAAUGAAAGGUGUAGAGUCAAAGUGAAUGCUUGUUGUUCAUAUGAAUAAUGUCGUCUCCAGUGAUAUGUUUAGUUGCUCUGCCUAUACUUGUACAAUGUACACGACUACACAUGUGAAUGUGUAUUUAGAAGUAAAUUGGAAGAUCAGUUCGUUUGGAGUAAAAAUGACUUUCUCAAGAAUCUGGCGAAUGUGGGUGUUCGCCGAUCUUAGCAGUAUGUACACUAUGUCUAUUAAUAGUUUGCGUGUCUUUAAAGAUUGUAAUGAUAAUUCUUUACAGGAUAGUGCAUUUCGUAAUAUAUUGUUCUUGUUAAUUUGACACUGUUAAAA